AUGACUGUACAACUCUCCCCAGACAUUAAGUCAUAUAUAGCUUCCCUUCUUACCCAGACAGAGCUUCUGAAACUUGCGCAGACUUGUAAAGAAUGGCACUUGAUCUGUAAAGAAGUUUUAUACUCCAACAUAUAUAUAACCGAAAGAGUUGUACCUCUACGGCAAACACCUCAUAAAUCAAAUAAUAAUACUAAUAAUAUAUAUCAUCAACUUUGCAAAUGGUCACUAGUUCACUCAAAUUUUACAAAAUUAUCACAGAUCAAAGAAUUAGAGAGAUCAUUAUCGGAGAAUAACCUUCUUCCCAAGUAUAUAAAGAAUAUUUUAUGCGAUGACAUAACAUUUAUCUUAUUUAAAUUAAACUCAUGGAAUAGAAGAUUUCAAAUUGGUCAAACAUUACAAGGAUUUUACUUUGGAAACGUCCCAUUGAAUCAUUUUUUGAUCGCAUUCGAUGAUUUAAGUAGAUUUCAUAAAUCAAGGGGGCUUAAUGUAACUCAUUUACAACUAACGUCAAUAGAUCAAUUACUGGGGGUAGAUUCAAAAUCAAUGACCCGAUUAAAGGCACUUAGUUUUUAUCUUAAUGAUUUUAAAGCCAUAGAGUUAACUGAUUUUAAUUCAGAUAAUAUUAACGUCAUUAAGAAUUUAUUCUAUGGAAUUCAUUCAUUGGAAAUAAUCUCUAGUCAUAACCUAGGUUUGUUAUUUCUUCAAACUAUAAAUGAUAAAUUUAACCAACCACAACUUUUCAUGAAUUGUCAAGAAUUAUCAAUGAAUCAUUGUCAUGGACAAUUUAAAUCAAAUAAUCCUAAUCAAUUUAGCUUUAAUAGUAAUUAUGAUUCAAAUAAAGAAGAAAAAUUACAAUUUAAUAUCAUCAAACAUGUUUUUAAUUGUGGUAUACUUGAAAAAGUAUCAUUUGAAAUUGAUUGUAUGUAUUUAAUAUCCCCAACAACUGAUUUAGAUAUGGAACAGUGUUUAUUAGAACAAGAAACAAAUACAUCAUAUUGUUGUUGUUUAGAAGGAUUUUGUCAACAAAUAGCUCAAUUACCAAGAAUUAAACACCUAAAAUUAAUUAAAAGUGGUGAUAAUAAUUCAUUUAGCUUUUAUUACUUUCGUCAUUUAAUAAUUGAAUUACUUAAAAAUGGGAAAUUUUUUAAAGAUAAUUUAAUUCAUCUUAGUAUUGAUACUAAGAGUUCAAUAUAUCCAAUUUAUGAAUUAAUUGCAGAUGAAAGAUUUCUAAGAUUAAUGAUGACAUUUAAAUUACAAAAUGAAGAAAUAUUUCAAAUCGUGAAUAAUAAAAAGAAUUAUUCAAGUUUACAACGAAUAGAAUUGUUGGAUUAUUAUGAAUCAUUUCAUAUAUGGGAAAUGGCAAUAAAAUUAUCAAAAGAUGGUAAUAUCAUGACAUGUAAUUGUUGCAAAUGUCAAAUUGGUGGCAAAAAAAUUAUAGAUUUUUUGAAAACGAAUAAAUCGAUUCAAUUUUAUUUAAAUCCUACAACAAUUAAAACAUUUCAUCAAUAUUAUUUUGAGUUAAUAUCAACAAUAUUAAAGAUAUUAAGAAAUCCAAUUGAUGCAAAAUUUAACGGUGGGAAUAGAAGAGGAGAAUUUAAUUUAUCAGAAGUUGUACAGGGACAAACAUUUAUUUCAGGAGGAGAUCAAUAUGAAAUCAUGAGAAGUAUUUUAUCACCAGAAAAACUUGAAUGGAAUAAUAAUUUACUGCUUCAUACAUUAUAUAAACAUGAUUCAUACAAGGAAUUGGUGAAUUAUAACUUUGUUCAAGAUUUAACUAGAACAUUCCAACGAGAAAAUGAGAGUAAUAGAUCAUUUGAAAUUGAAUGUGAUUGCAAAGGGGAUGAAUUAUCGAUAUUUAUUGAAUUCAUUCAACAUCAAAUGAAUAGUAGAAAUGGAAUUAACGGUGUAGAGGUUUUCACCAACGGUCUAGGGUAA